AUGCCGAAUACUUCUACUCGCGUGUUCGUGGUGUGCGGUCGCGGCGCGGAAUCUGGAAAAUUGGAACGGUAUUUCUCGAACGCGUUUGGACCGGUGACGAAGGUGAAAAGCGACGCGCAGAAAGGUAUCGCGUGGGUGACGUUCAUGAACGAAUCGGAUGCGCAGAAAGCGGUGUUGGCGUUUCCAGAAGAGAAGCAGUCGAAGAAUACUGCUCUUGCUACUGGCGAUGGUGAUGAACGCGAAAAGCAACAGGAUUUGGCGUCGUCCUCGUCGUCGCUGGUUGAUUUGAACGACGGCAUGCCGAAGAGACAUUUUACGGUGGUGUUUUCAGAAGAGACGAGAAAACGGGAACAGCAGCAACAACCAUCGGCAACGACCGUGACGACGACGACGUUGACGACGACAACCACGACGACGACGACAUCGUCGAUGCAGUUUACCAAUAAUAAUCAAAUGAACGAGUUACCGGAAGGUUCGCGGUUGUUUAUAGUCACGCCGAAGGACUGCACGGAUGAUGUGUUGAAUAAAGCCGUGAUGAGAGUGUUGGAAAACGAAGAGUUCAAGUUAGAACCGGAAGAUUUGGUGAAAGUGACGGUUCCAGGUAUGGCCUCGGGAGGAAACCAAGACGACGAGGAAGAAGAACAAAGCGAAGAAGUACAAAAUGAAAGAAAAGAUGGGAAGAACAUCGCCGCACUGGAAUACGCUCGCGUUGGUAAAGGUAAUAAAGGCGUCGCGUUCGUUAAGUUCACGACGAAAUCUGCGGCCGAAAAGUUUGCAAAGUUUGUUCACUUCAAGUUACAAAACGUGCUCGGUGAUAUGAAGGUGAAAAUUAUGACCGCUGAGAAGAAAAAGUACACCAAGAAUAGCAGUCAAUAUCUCCAUCAAAACAACAACACAAACUCGAAGAAUUCGUUGAACACGUUCAGUGGGGCGCUCUCCUCUGGCGUGUUUUCCGAAAACGGAAACAACGAACAAGGAGAGAUAUCCUCGCAGCACCGGAGAGGGUUUUUGCAAAGGAGUAAUAACAACGCGCCGGGAGAAGGAGGAAAUGUCGUCGUCAUUGGCGAAGCAACGGUUGGUGAAGUCAAAGGCACAUUAGUGUUUCAUCCUACAGUUGGCGUUUCGGAUGCAAUUCAUCGCCGAUUUCCAACACCACCGCCUCUCCCGAAAGGGUUACCGCCUCCGCAACAGCGCAUGCAACAGAUGAAUAUAGACAGUAGUAAUACGACGGGUAUGGCGACGCGAAGACCACGGGAGUACGGUGAUGAAGAGACCAAAGGUAGAAGCAAAGGCACAAAGGUUUCGAAAGUUGAAUCAACGACUUCAUACGAUCAGAAUCAACUCAUCGAUGAGGGCGACUUAGCAAAUGAUACGAAAAAAGAGCACAUCAACGAGACUGAUAACAUCGCCGCGGAAGCGGUUACCGCCAUGGGCUUAGUGACAAUCAAGGAUGGUGAAAAUACGACCACUAUCAUGGCAACAGAUAGCGCGAGCGAAAUGUUUGCAGCCGAUGGCACGAUAACAUCUGCUCCUUCCAAUGUUAAGGCGGCAAAAAGGACAAGCUCAGUUCUACAGUUUGAGACGAAGUUACCUUUACCGGUGUACGUGCUAUCGCACGCGUUUAAAGCUCGAUUGUCCAACAACGAAGCUUCAUCGCAAACGGUGCCACAAUUCGAGGUCAAAGCAACGUCUGCGUUGACUGGCGUCGUUGAAGAGGUACUACUAGCAUCUCCUCCCGGUGCUAGGCCGUUCUUCGAGAAGCUCAAAGGCACCUUUGAUAUCUGCGGCGUCGAUUGUCGCGUGUAUUCCAAAGAGGCGUCGAAAGUACAAAAGGUCGAGGAAGAGAAACCAUCAUCCGACGUCGUUCAGCCGCCACCGCAAGCAUCAACAGCGGACGAGUCCAUCACUGAGCACGAGCGCAAGCGCUCUCGCGUAGAAACUAGAUAG